UAUAGCGAACGAGUGACCAGUUUGUUCGUUUUAGUUGUACACUUGAGUGUAGUUUUAUAUACACUUAUAUUCGAAAUUUCGAUGUUAUUUACAUAUCUUUUAAUAAUAGCAAUCAUUAUUGCUUCGACGGGAUGGAUAUUGUUAGGUAGAAAGAAAAAUGUUACCGUCUUUCCUGGACCAAAACCAUUUCCUGUUAUCGGAAAUAUACUGGAAUUCAUAAAACGGUCAGAAAUAAUACCAAAAUGCGUAAAUUUUAUGGUGGAAUUUGGAGAUAUCUAUAAACUACAACUUGGACCAACACUUAUGAUAAUAGUAUGCGAUCCAAAUUUAAUCGAAAAGUUAUUGACCACUCAACAGUUCAAUGCGAAGUCCCAAAUGUACGACUUUUUGAGAAAUUGGCUCGGCAUGGGACUAUUAACUAGCUCAGGCGAGAAAUGGCAAAGGCAUCGAAAAAUAAUCACACCAUCAUUCCACUUCCAAAUACUUGAAAAGUUUGUGGUGACCUUCGAUCGCAAGUCCUUAAUACUGGUCGAAAAAUUGAAAAAACAUUCCAACCAGGCUGAUUUUGAUAUUUCACCGUACAUCUAUAAUUGUACACUGGACAUUAUUUGUGAAACUGCAAUGGGCAUUUCAAUGAAUAUUCAAGAAGAUUCCACAUCUGCUUAUGUUAAAGCAACUAAUAUUAUGAGCAACACAAUUUUGAAUAGAGUACUUUCGCCUUUGAAACAAUUCGAUGUUCUAUAUAGAUAUACUAGCGAUUAUUUAUUGGAGAUGAAAUGUUUAAACACUCUUCACACAACAACUGAAAAUGUUAUCCAUAAGCGAAAAGCAAUAAUUGGUGAAAAUGUUGAUUCUUUAGAAGGAAAUAAGGUCGCAUUUUUAGAUAUGCUAUUUAAUAAAGGACUAAGUUUCAAUGAUAUUAAAAAUGAAGUGGACACUUUCAUGUUUGAAGGACAUGACACCACAGGAGUGGCACUCUCUUUUAUUGUAUAUUGCCUUUCAAAGAAUCCUGAUAUUCAAGAUAAAGUUUUUGAAGAACAACAGCAGAUAUACGAAAACGAUCCGAACAUAGAUUUAACUUACAACAUACUACAAAGUAUGAAUUAUUUGGAGAAAGUAAUUAAAGAAGCAAUGAGGCUGUAUCCAUCAGUUCCGUUUUUCGGAAGGGCAGUUUGUAAAGAUUUUGAAUACAAUGAUUUUAUUAUAAAAAAAGGCAGCAGUGCUAAUAUAUUCGCCUUCGGUUUACAUCGAAAUCCCAAAUACUUCCCAGAUCCUGAAAAGUUUGAUCCGGAUCGUUUCAGCCCCGAAAACUGCAGGAAACGCCCUCCAUACGUGUACAUACCUUUCAGCGCAGGAUCAAGAAAUUGCAUAGGCCAGAAGUUUGCUAUGUUGGAAAUGAAGACGACCAUUUCCAGAUUGAUCUGGAAUUAUAAAUUUUUACCUUGCCCUGGUUUUAAACCUGAUUUGGUACCUGCAAUCAUCUUAAAAUCCUUAAACGGCGUCCGAGUUAAACUGGUCAAUAGAGAAUAAAAUAAAAAAAAAUGUA